UCAAAAGUAUAAGCUAGUGGGUAAGAGACUGUGUCAUGGGGAAUCUCAUUUCAGCAACAAGCUCACUAGGAAUCCUUGGAUGAGCCUCCAGACCAGUUUGGGUGUACAUAUCUCAGCUUAAUAAGCUGCAGUUUAGAAAUAAUAGUGCCAGCUUGCUUUAAAGAGCAGUUACAAUGAUUAACAUGAUACAUGUGUACAAAACACUCAAGGAAAUAUAUAAAUUUUUACUGUUAAUAAUGAUGAUAGUAUUGUCUCCUGAGCUUUUCUUCUGCAGCUCUGCAUAUCAAUACAGUUCAGUUUUCUGGAAGAAGUAACCUCCAAUAGAUCAUCUGUACUGUGGCAGAACCAUGGCUAAAGUAUUUCCAAAAUAUGCUUAAAGAUCAGUGCCAGUGAUCAUAAAUUGUCAAUGUAUAGGGAUAACUACCCCUCUUGUUUUUCUUCAGGGGAACUCCCCUGUGUUACUAAUAUCAUUACCAUAGGUCGUUGUAAUCUGGAAUCUGCCACUGUGAAUUCAAAGCAUCAGGUAGCAAACUCUCGUUCUUAUGGCAGAUAUGUAGACCAGGAAACUUGUAGCAAAAUGGAUGCUACUUGUGAGUAGGAUGCUUAAUUGACCCCAGAAAAAAAUGCAGAACUGGUGUAACCAUUGUCUAUCACUCGAUUCUCACCCUACUUGUUAUUAGCAAAAUCUGCCCUUUUACCUCAGUUUCAAUGCAGCUUUGGAAUCUGUGAAGGCGGGGAGAAAGGGAAGCCUUAAAUUGUGUCAGUCGGUACAAUUUAUAUGCUGAAAAUCAUUGGUCGUCACAAAAACACAAUCAAGUCAGCUAAUAAAUUUGACAGACAGAAAAUCUGAGGAGUAAUGUACCACCCUGCGUGCAGGAUUUCCAAAUAGACCAAUGCAGAUGAUCCUACUAAAUUGUGUCCUAAGCUGUGUGGAACAACAGUAACAGCUAAAAGGGUGGCAGCCUUGUGCAAGAAGCAGUGGCAGGUGCAGGAACCUAGCAGAUGUGAGUCAGGUUAAAGUACACCAGCAGGAGGAUGGCACAGGCUGGCUAAAGGUGAUUAUGACAAUAAAGUACAAGGAGGGCGUUAUUCCCAAUCAAAUGGAUCAAGUUAAUAAGUAAUUCCAGGAAGUUACCAAGGUUCUUAAAAAUGCUAAGUAGAUAGCACCAGAUGAAAAAUACCUUACGGUACGACACAAAGGCCAACCAAAGAUUUGUCCAGCAUCAACAUGAAUAAAAAGAGCACCGUUUCACCAAACCGUCCAUCGAGAUGCCCUGAUAAUACUGCAUAUAAACAACAGAGGCUCCCAGCCUGGAAGCCCCAGCUGACCCCAGAGCUCAUCCUCCCAAGUUUCUUUAUCAUUAGCCUCUUCUGCCUUGUGAUGGGAAUUGUACUUCUGUUGGCUGCGACAAGAGUCAAAGAAAUAAAGAUUAAUUAUUCUGAGAUAUGCUCACAUUGUUCAAAGCUGCGUGAAAACUCAUCAAACUGGGAGAAGGAAUGCCUGUGUUUCACCAACUUCACACUUCAGGAAAGCAUGCAGGGUGAUAUCUUCAUGUACUACGGAUUGCAUAAUUUUUAUCAGAACCAUCGUCGCUAUGUCCUUUCCAGAAGUGAUGCACAACUAUUGGGUCGGAAGGCAAACAUUCAGAACAGCAAUUGUGCACCUUUUGCAACUUAUGAAAAUGGGACACCUAUAGCUCCAUGUGGUGCAAUUGCAAACAGCAUGUUCAAUGACACAAUACAGCUGUUCUACUAUCCUGCUUCUGUAAAGACUGUCAAAGUCCCACUUCUGAAGCAAGGGAAUGCCUGGUGGACAGAUAAAAAUGUGAAAUUUCACAAUCCAUCUGCACACAACUUGUCUUCUGCAUUUGAUGGCACAGCAAGACCACCUUACUGGCAAAAACCAGUAUAUUUAUUAGAUGAAGCAAACCAAGAGAACAAUGGCUACACAAAUGAAGACUUUAUCAUCUGGAUGCGUGUAUCAGCCUUUCCUACAUUCAAGAAUCUUUACCGUCGCCUGAGUCGCAUCAGGCAGUUUGCAAAUGGGCUCCCAGCAGGGACGUACGGGCUACAAAUAUCCUAUAAUUUCCCAGUUUCAAAGUUCAAAGGAGAAAAGCAGGUGGUCUUCUCAACAGUAACAUGGAGCGGUGGAAGAAAUCCUUUUCUGGGAAUAGCGUACACAGUUACUGGUGCAGUGACUCUGCUGGCAAGUUGUAUCCUUACAGUAGCUCACUUGAAAUCCAGGAAAAACCCCAACAAGGGACUAUAGGACGAUUCCCUUUACUUGAUAAAAAGUUAAUAGUACUUGUGCCCUGCCAAGCCAGAGACCAGAAAUGAGAGAUACCUAAAUUUCCUUCCUGAUUCUCAGCACACCAUCAUCUGCCCUUAAACCAGGACUCCAAAAGACAGUUUUGGAUUUUGGAACCUUGUUUAAAGGCAAAUGGUUUGCUAAAAUCACUCUGCAGAUGGCGCCCGGAUGCAGUGGCAAACCAUGGUUUACGCAGAACACAGGCGGAAGUUUAGAAACAGUAAUAUUCGAAGGAAGGAGUCUGUGAAGUCUCGCCUCACGCAGCAAUGGGCUGAGUUCCUGUCUGAAUUCAUCUAGUACUUAGUAUAAUGAAUGCUUGGCUAGGAAGUGCGCCAGUACAUUUGGUCUGAUGAAUGUUUACAGCAAGGUUAAAAGUUCACCCAAGUUCUCAGGUAACAGCCAUGUGGAUCCCUGGCCUCUUGCACAUCCUCUGCAGCAGUGACUCUGUUCCCGAAAGUGUCAUAGGCAGA